ACCAACGUCCCAUCGACCUCGAACCCAGCGCAGCAAGCGCCAAGCAGCACCGAGCCACGUGGUACAUCCCGAAGGCUGCAACCGGGCCUUGCCAUCGCACUUGCUUUGCAGAAGGGGAUGCAGAGGGUGGACGUGGCCGAUGGUGGCUACAGGUCAGCGACGCCACGGGCCGUACAACGCGACGCUUUCAUGGACUUAGCAAUGUCGUGCAAGGGCCGGCCGGAAACCUGUGCCCGGAACGCGGUCAGGUUGCGGCGGAUGCACUCGACGGGCACCCUGCGAUGACGAGUGGACCGGGGCCAUUGCGCCUGGCCUGUCGGUUGAAAAUGUCACAACGCAUACGUGCCCGAUGGUUGUUGGCCUAGUUCAUCAUGGGCUUCGACUUCCCCGAGAAUGGCCAGGUGGGAAGGAUGCAGCGGGGGCAUCCUUCAGGCGACAACCCCGCCGCCCGCGUUGCUACGGUGCACCUCUGCUUCCUUCUCGAUCGCCUCUCCCGCCGUCCACACCCACUGUUGACUCAACUCCUCCCUUCCGUUGUACUUUGGUCGCGCGCGCGGCCUUGUUCAUGCGUGCGACACCCCACCAUGAAGCUAGCCAGUGGCUUCGAGGACAUUGCCAGGUCCGCUGUACAACUGGGAAAACUCUCCAUGUCUUCUGCAGCGACAAGCCUCGCGCCUUGUCCUGUAAGCGUUUGACACAGUGUCCAGCAUAGCAGGUGCGUAACAUGGAUGGCAGCCGACAAAUGCCCUGGCGAGCACGCGUUCGUUGUUGAGUCAAAGGCGACAUGCGUUGGCUUGCUCGCCGCCGGCUUGCACGAUCAGCGCUCCGGCGCGUCGCUCGGAUAUAUCGCCCCUGCAACACGACGAGUGCUUGCCCACGGAGGAAUGCCGGACGGAGCGCACCGGAGUCAUGGCGGAGGGCGA